CCUUUCCUGUAUUGUUGCUCUCGGCGAGAUCGAGUGAGGAGCUGCGGAGGAGCAAAACCGGUCCGUGUAGGGAUUGUUUUUGUUUACUGCGUUUCCUGAAAGGAGCUCAGAGCUCUGACAUGGAGCAGAGUGAUGCGCUGAUCGCAGUGUUUCGAUGAGAGGGGACGCAGUUCGAAGACAUCCCGUCUACAAUCGUCUCUCAGCCGGCCAGACAGAAAAGAAAAGGAAAAAAAAACAGCCUGAAAAAUGGAGGACAAGAGGAAGAAGAGGAGUCCCAAAGUGUCUCUUCCCCAACCACCACCUCCUCCGGUGAACCCGCGCAAACUCCCCGUCCUCCCGGCCAGCAAGAGCGCCAGCUUCUCCCUGGGUCUCCCCCAACCGCCGUCGCCUAAACCCCGGGGCAAGUACAAGAGGUCUGUGGGAGCCAUGGGGACGGCCAAAGAAGUGCUCACUGUACCCGUGCUCCCUCCCAAGGCCACCAGCCGGCCUCACAGAGAGAAACCCCGAGCGCCUCAGCCGGCCGGCCCCAGCCGGGUCGCCCAGUCCUCGUCUCCUCUACAGCACUCGUUUCUCACUGACGUCUCGGACGUGAGAGAGAUGGAGGGAGGACUGCUCAACCUGCUCAACGACUUCCACUCAGGAAAACUGCAGGCCUUCGGUAAGGUGUGUUCAUUUGAGCAGCUCGAGCACAUCCGGGAGAUGCAGGAGAAACUGGCUCGCCUUCACUUCAGCCUGGACAGCCAUGUGGAGGAGCUCUCUGAGGACCAGAGGAAAAGCGCUUCAGACCGCAACCUGGAGCACCUGCUCUCGAACCUGGAAGAGCUCAGCAGCUCCAUACAGAAGUUACACUUGGCAGAGAAUCAGGAUUUAUCCAAGGCCUCCGAUCCCUGACACUGAGAGCAAAGCAAAGCGAUCUGCUGGCAUCCUGGAGCUGCUGAGGUCAUUGCUACAUCUCCGUCAGCUAAGCUAAAACUACGGCGGAGAAGCGGACCGCAAGACGUGAAGCUGCAGAGGCACUGAGCACAAAAACCGAUAGCGAUUCCUUGAUUUUUAACAAACAAAAAAAAUGUAACUGACACCCUUUGCUUUGAGCUUUAAAACACUGUGAGUUCUGGAUAUCCCCUUUGUAUUGGUUUGAUGGUACUUUGAAUUUUCUAAAGGUUAUUGAUUACAUAUCCUUGUGUGUUUUCAUGGGGAAUAUUCUGAAGAGGAAUAACAAGAUGGAGCCAUCAAAAACAUGAUUUAGCAUGUGUUCUUUAUAUAUAUAUAUAUAUAUAUAUAUAUAUAUAUAUAUAUAUAUAUAUAUUAAAAAAAACAAACAAAUAUAUUUGCAUGAAUUGGCAGGGAACUUCAACUUCUGUGGCGCUUCAGUAUGCCGAGAUUACGUCCAUAUAUCCGAACCAUAUAUCUGUUUAGGUUUAAUGUUUCUUGAGGCAUGGACGAAAUCCAUGACCGGAUAAAUGGCCUACAUUUGUUUUGAUUCAGCAGGCACUGGAUUUUUCCCCCCAAGUGAGACAGGAUCCAAUACAGGCACACAGCUUCAGAAUCUUGCUCAAGACUACAGCGGUGCCAUUUGAACUCACAACCUGCUGGUGUCUAGCACAGAACCAUAACCGCUGAGUUAGCAUCGCAAAAGUUCAUCUUAAUCACUAGUUGGAGAUUCGCUCAGGACUGUUUGAGGUGGUGCCUCGUCAACUUACUGCACGAAAGAGAGUAUUUUAUUUCAAGAAAUGGACUUAAAGGAAUAGUUCAGCCCACAGUUUAAAAAUGAAUAUUGCCCAGAACAAAGAAAUCAAAUACUGUUUCGUGUGAAAUCCUUUCCUAUAGACUUUACUCACUCUGAUGUACGAUUUAUAUGACAUCUAUAAGUCUAGAAAUAUGAAUGAAAGCUUCUAAUGCAGCUGAAAGCUGGAGACGGCCAUCUUGGACAACCCGAAUGCGUUUUUUUUUUUUCCAUAGCGACAUUUGGUUCCGCUCCACUCCCAGUCUCGUCCUCCUCCUCAUGUCUUGAAGUCUGAAUUGUAGCAGACGAUAAUAUAGCAUGUAUUUACAGGGGGGGAAAAAUAGUCUGAGGUAGACCUCUAUAACUUGUUAGCUACUUUAGCGUCGUAACCCUCAAAGACCUUAAACACCAAAUGUGUCUUGACUGAUUUGCUUCAUUUGGGUCAGGAGGAAGAUUAUGUACAUUGGAUUUUUAUUUUUUUUGUGAGAUUGUUCCUUUAAACUGAAACAUAUUCAAAGGUUCAGACAUACGGUUGGAUAUUAAUAGCAUGCAGUAGCUUAUCAGUCAGGUUUAGAAAACUAAGCACUAUUUUACUAAUGUAGAGUACAGAGAAAUUAUUGCUAGUCAACAAACACAAGGGAAAAUAAGUCAUUUUCAAAAUGGUUUAUUUAUAGAAAUUGUAGUAGCUUUUUAUUCAGUUGAGGUACAAUUAGUUAAACUACUAGUCUGCCUGAAUUCUCCUUUAGCCAAGGACAUUUUUAGUUACACUUGAGCUAUGUUUAUUUAUUUGUUUUUAUUUUUUAGACAGGCUAAACAGUAUCUGGCAGUCAAGAUACUUUGAAGAUACUCAAGAAAUUCACACCUUUGUUUUAGGCUUUGCUAAAUGUUGAAGGAUUAUUCUGUUGUUAUUGCUAUUAAGUAAGAUGUGUGUAUUUCUUUAAUCAGUUAGCUCUGAAGUAAUUUACAUUUUGAAAUGAAAAAUAAAAUCGACUUAAUACAGAAA